GAGAACCACCUCUAGUUGUAAGAACCAUGGGAACCAGUUUUUAGCCCUUAGAUCAACAUGAUGGAUGGAUGAGAUUAAAUGAAUAUAAAAAUAUUUUCCAACUCUUUUUGUCUUUUAUGAUUUUGAUUUUUUUAUUCACAAAAGGGUAUUUAUGGAAACUAAUUUUAAUGCCAGUAGUCAUAUCCUGCACAUUUCAGCAUGCAUGUCUAAUCAAAUAUUAAAAACUUUCAAUUCUCUAUGUUUACUUCUUGCCUUCUUCCAAUCUUCGUCAUAAACAAUCAGAAAAACAUCAAACCCUAGAGAAACUAUUUGCUCUCCUCUCUUAGGCGACGAAGAAACACCCAAAAAUUCGUUCGGCGAUUCCGAUUUCGGCGUCCACAUUUGAAACGGCGAGGACUCCUAGGUUCAAAUCCAGGAGAAAAAACGUUAACAGGUGUUUACAAGGAAAAAAUGGUUGCACAUACCAGAAGCUUGAGCCGGGGGAAGGGGAAGACAAAUUUAGAACCAGAUGUUAUAUGCGUUAGUUCCGGCACGAGGUCCCGGCGUCAGCGCAAUAGUCAUGUCGCUUGUGUGCUCUUUGACUCGACCGAAGAAGAUGUCACGCCCCCACGGGCGAACAUCAAACGGCAGAUAACGAAGCGGAAGCAAACGGACUAUUGUGGCUCCCCGACGAAAAAGAGGAAGAAACACAGACAACCAGCACAACAACAGAUUCCAGCGUUGAAUACACGAUCUUCCCCGAAGCAAUUAUUCAGUGCCAUGAUGGUUUUAAGUGAUCGUCAGAAAGAGUCUAUUAAGGCAAUGGGUUUCGGGGGCUUGUUAGGUCUGAGUGUCAAUGGGAUUCCUGAGAAGUUAGCCUUCCAUGUGGUGGAUAGUUUUGAUGCGAAGUCGAUGACGUUAAACAUAGGUAACGCCAGCCUGGUGGUUGACGCGGGGUUGAUUAGCAAAUUGUUAGGGAUACGAAACACAGGUUUGAGGUUUGCUGAUGUCGAGGUAGCCAAGACGCUUCCUCCAUCGUUGAAGGCGUGGCGGGCACGCUUCCCACCAACAACUUACAUAGCCCCUUCACUGAUUUCGGCCGAAAUACAGAAGGACACGUAUUCGGACAUGGCGUUUUUUCGUACCGAUUUUGCCUUGCUUUUCCUCACUGCGAUGGGCAGUUCACAGCAGAACGGUUAUGUCAAAGACAAGAUUUUGAAGCGUUUGACAGCGGAAACAAGAUACGAAGAUUACAAUUGGUGUGAAUUCAUUAUCGAGUGUUUGAGGAAGUGUAAGAAAAAAUGGAGGCCAUCGGACCCCAAGUGUUGCUGGGUUGGGCCGUUGACGGUCCUGACGUUGUUGUAUGUAGACUGCACGCAGCAGCCAGCGUGCAACACCGGCGUUGGGGUCCGCGCACUUCAUUACUGGACAAAAGAUCUUUUGACGCGUCGUCAGGACUACGAGAUAGCGAACGGAGGGUUCGGGCGUGGACGGGUGAAACCUCUAAGUGAGGCCCCAGCUGAAAACGGUGGAGCUGAACAGGCGAGCAUUGUGGAUGAAUGGUUACAAGAGUUAGCUGCUUUAAGGUCCAAAAUAGAGAAGACCUUAAGCGAUCGGUUGAACCUGGAUCCGGACAACGAGGAUCAUAGGAGGUUGAAGCGGAAAUACCUCGAAGUGUUAGACGUGUUGCCAUGUCUGCCGGAUGAGGGAUUAGAGACCUUCGAGGAAGGCGACAUGCUGAAUAGAACAGCCGGGGGUUCUUCCAGCCCUCCGUCUGCCCUAGCAGAGGGGGUUGAGCAAGCGGCGCAAGACGACACAAAUGUUGCUUCUGAUUCUGCCGACGAAUACGAAGAGUGUAAUUUAAAUGUGUUGAUAGCAGGUAUCGCCAAAACCGCAGUAGAGGGGGACGGCGCGAGCCUGAGAGAUGUAAGCAUAGUCUGUGACACCUUUCCAGGGACACGUGGCGCUGCGGGUGGAGACGAUGCCGACGAUGGCGCCGAUGAACCAGAUAUGGGCAAUGUUGGGGCUGUUACCGCAUGUAGUGGCGGUGCUGGGUACAAGCAGGCUGAAAGUUUGGAGGGGGUGAAUCACGGGGAAGACCAGUUGGCGGUUGACAGCCAGGGUACAGUGAGCUUGGGGGAUAAUAGUCAAGUCGAUGCUAGCGUGCCGGUCGAGACGAGAGUGGGGCGCUCGGAUGUUGAGAGCCCGACGAAUGUUGGCAAGUCAGGUAACGAAAAAAGACUCGGGUGA